UUAAACAAAAGCUAACCAAAACAUACCCUAAUAUCAGAUUUUAUCACAAGAUGCCUUUGUCAUCGCGGUUAUCACCACAUGCGAACGUGACUUUCCGCCAUCAACCACGACAAGAGAAACUUCUUAUGCUCAGUGAUAUCCUAGUAAUCUCUGCUUCCGUCGUGCUUCUCGGAUUCCACUACACGCUGCGCGAUUAUGAGCCACCUACUGGUGCCACAUAAGACACCAGCGGCGUGGAUCCUAAAGCCAAGGGAAACUUUUCCUUGUACCUGCAUUGAUAUUUUUAUUUAUUUUUUUGAUAUCUGCCCCCCGACUUCAAAGAAGCCGGGUGCUUCUCCAACUUGGGCGCCAUAUUGUAGCGGAGCUGCUUGUUUAUCGGUGGGCCGCGCUAAAAAUCGGGUCCCGGUUCCGGACCCAGCGUACUCGCCCUACCUGAGACGAUCACCUGAUCUCGUCUCCCUCAUUUUGGCCACUAGAUGGCCUGCAUCAGCCCGUGUCGGCAGCCACUUACAAUCUCAUGCCAGCGGACAUUUCCCUCAACUUCACAGGUAUCUCUGCUGGCUAUCUCCACUCAACUAUUUACGUUCUCAUACACGUGGACAUUUCUUCACCAGCCGGACAACACAAAGAAAGGGCGACACCGAAAGCUAGUGCCAACCGCCGUUGGGAACAACGUGGGAGAACAAAUAUUAUAAAUAUUAAAUUGAGCGAUUGUUGUCACGCUGAAAUAAAAUGGUAUGUUAUAAAGA